UCUCUUCCAGUAUGAGAGCAUUCUAUCAUCCUGUCAUCCACCCUAAUCCUGGAAUUCAAUUAUAGAGAAUGAUGUCUUCCAAGCGAGCCACACCUCCGUUUCCCCCGGCGACAGAGGAAGAGGAAGCGAUAGGUCAGGACAGUGUGGGCUGGGCCAAUGAGGACAGAGAAAGCCAUGACCAGCCAGUUAUGCCCCCUCUGCACGGCAAACCCCUCCCAGAGGAGCACCAGCCAAUCAGAGACAGCCAGCCCGAGUCGGACUGGGAGAGUAUAGGCCCUACUCAGACAGACAAUGCUAGUAGCAAGGGCUGUUCCUUGAACUCCUACCGGAAUAACACUAUAUCUCCACCAAAGCCUGAGGAGUGUUCCCAGGAUUGCGGCGAGCUGCUAGGCGGAUCCGCCUUCAGAACACCGGAACGCCGCAAAGGAAGCCUGGCCGACGUGGUGGACACACUGAAACAGAAGAAACUAGUAGAGCUGACAAAGACAGAACAGGAUGAGUCUACCUGUGUGGAGACACUUCUGUCCAGGGACUGGAAAGACAGGAGGGACAGACUGAAUUCCAGCGAGCUCCUAGGUGAGGUCAAAGGUACCCCAGAGAGUUUGGAGGAGAAGGAGCGUCAGCUUUCCACCAUGAUUGGCCAGCUCAUCAGCCUGCGGGAGCAGCUCCUGGCGGCCCACGACGAGCAGAAGAAGAUGGCCGUCUCACAGAUGGAGAAGCAGAGGCAGCAAAUGGAGCUGGCCCGUCAGCAGCAGGACCAGAUUACGAGGCAGCAGCAGCAGCUCCUGCAGCAGCAGCAUAAGAUCAACGUUCUCCAGCAGCAGAUACAGGUGCAGGGUCACAUGCCUCCUCUGAUGAUCCCAGUGUUUCCUCACGACCAGCGAUCUAUGGCGGCCGGCGCACAGCAGGGCUUCCUCUUCCCACCGAACAUGUCCUACAAGCCAGGUGACAACUACCCCAUGCAGUUCAUUCCAUCCACAAUGGCAGCUGCAGCCGCUUCAGGACUGAGCCCGCUUCAUCAGCAGCUGUACGCCGCCCAGCUGGCCAGCAUGCAGAUCUCGCCCGGAGCCAAAAUGGCCUCCCUGCCGCAGCCUCAAAACUCCUCAGGCCCCCUCUCGCCCUCUGCCUUGAAGAGUAAGAAGAGAGCAUCGAGUCCUGUCACUCACAUUAAGGAGGAAGGAUCGACACAGCCCCUGAAUCUCUCAGCCCGACCCAAGACUGGCGAGCCCCACCACUCCCCAUCCUCGCCGUCACACAGCCUGUACCCUGGCAACAAGAGCAGGCCCAUCAGCAUGGGGAAGAGGCGCAUCCCCAGCCCCCUCUCCAACAUGGGCAGGGGCUCACUGGACAUCCUGUCUAGCCUGAACUCCACGCCACUGUUUGGGGACCAGGAUGCGGUGAUGAACGCCAUCCAGGAGGCGAGGAAGAUGAGGGAGCAGAUCCAGAGAGAACAGCUUCAUCACCAGCAGCAAAGCCUGGAGGCCAAGCUCACGGCCCUGAGCGGCAUGAGUUUCAGCAAUGGCAGCAAGGAGCGGAUGCACUUUGAGAGUUUGAGUCAGCACCUGGGCAACCUGGGAGAGGAUGGAAAGAUGGGCCACAGGGUCAUUGACCUCACCAGACAUGAGGAUGUUGAUGGUGUCGCCAGCACUACGGAGGCCCGGGUCUUCAGGGAGACCAGGGGCAGGAACAGUACUGAGCCCCACAUUAAGAGACCCAUGAAUGCCUUCAUGGUGUGGGCCAAGGACGAGAGGAGGAAGAUCCUGCAGACCUUCCCUGACAUGCACAAUUCCAACAUCAGCAAGAUCCUGGGCUCUCGCUGGAAGUCCAUGACCAACCAGGAGAAGCAGCCAUACUACGAGGAACAGGCCCAUCUCAGUAAGAUCCACCUGGAGAAAUACCCCAACUACAAGUACAAGCCCCGGCCCAAGAGGACCUGCAUCAUCGACGGCAAGAAGCUACGCAUUGGCGAGUACAAGCAGAUGAUGCGCUCGCGGCGUCAGGAGAUGAGGCAGUUCUUCAGUGUGGGGCCACAGCCUCAGAUCCCCAUCAGCAACAGUGCCGGCGGCCUCUACCCGGCUGCCAUCGCCAUAGCGACAGCCACGCCCUCACCGCACCUGACGUCGGACUGCUCCAGCGCCUCGGCCAGCCCCGAGCCCGCCAUCCCCGUCACCCAGAGCACGUUCGGCGUGGUCAAGCCCAAGCCGGUCGCCAUGGUGACCGGCGACCACCCUGUUAGAGGAGAGGACGAGAUAGACGUAUAUGAAGACUUUGAGGACAAAUCGGACUACAGCAGUGACCGUGAGACACGGGAGCCUGUCGGAGCCAACUGAGCAUGCUCAGAAGAACUUCUGAUCUUUUUUUUCUUUUUUUUUUUAAGCGGGAAAAUACGACAGAGACAGAGUUCUGAACAGAACAACUUUUCAACAGUACGACGGGAGCUGAGCAUGUGCUCGAAGCAGCUCCGUCCGGGAUACGAUGCACCACAGACUGAGCAUUCUCAGAUUGACUCUCGAACAGGAAGUGACAUAAACUAAACAUGCUCAGAUCUCACAGAGCAUGUUGCUCAAAAAUACCUUUUUAGACGAGAGUGCUUGUUUUUAGCAUGCGCAAACGUCAUUGGAAACGAUCCCGUACAGAGGGAUUGGGCAAAGACAACCUCUAGACAACCUCCAGACAAUCUAACAGAUAGACAGUGAACAUACUCACACGGCAAUUACAAUGCAACACAGACAAGAACAAGUAAGAGUCAGUAAGAGGUCGAUGAGAAGAGAAUGAGAUUAAAGAACAAAGAGAGCCUACACAUUUCCGCGUGUGUAUUUUUUUUAUAGGAGUGUGCAUGGAUUUGACUAAAACAUCAGGAAUUGGUCUUCGACAGCGGUCAGUCUUAAAUGUUUAUUUCAAGUGUGAUGACGUUUUUUUUUGUGUUUUUUUUAUUUUAUUUCCAUGGACAUGUUCCUGAUAGGUUACUGCCUGUAAAACCUUGGAUUGUCAGGACUUGAAAAUGUGAAAGGUAAUAUAAAAUCCUUAGCUCUUAUAGUUUGACGUGAUUAUUUCUUGUGAGUACAGUACCCCUACACCUUUCUCGACAAAUGCUUACAAUAUGUUACAUUACUGUUUAUGAUGGGGUUUAAUAUCCUUGCUCAGGUAUGCUGUGCCAGCUUGUGAAUGUGUUUUUGAUUUCAUAUGAGAGAGUGGUAGGACUUUUCAGACUGACAACGAAACAGGGGAGGAAAAAUCCCUUGUAUUAUUAUUCAUAUUUUUUUUAUUUUUUUUGUUGAGAUAUUGUACAGUUUUUCUUGAAAUGUGCCAAACCUACAUUCACAUCCCUCUGAAAUAUUCUAGUCUUAAUUUUGAUGCUGCAAAAAGUCUUAUACAAUCACUUUUUAUUGCUGAUGUGUCCGUAUUACAAAAAAUCUCCCCCCCCCCCGACCAUGGGUAGGCCCAAUGCUCUAGGACACCUUGUGGGGCGCUACAGGGUCAUGUUGAUUAGGUACCAAAUGGAAGACAACCAACUUUAAAACGUUUUCCCUUGCAUACCCCAAUAAACAACCCAGCACUCGUCGUCAGUCGCAAUGUCUCAGGAGUCUGAUACUGUCAUCUCUGGCACCCCCUCUGGCAAUGACACAGACCUGUAGAGAGGUUCAUUGUCGGGAGUAUCAAUCUGUGGAUGUUUAGCCCCAAGUGUCUUCGCCUCCCUUUUCUUAGCCCACAUCUUCUACAGGAUGUUAAAGGGGACUUUCAGGAUUUUACAACAAAAGUUUGUAUUGGCUGUUUAUAGAAAACCAAACCAUGUAUUACAGUUUCUCCUGGCCCAUAGACUAUAUUCAAGGUGAGGAACUAUCUAACAUCAAGUUGUAAAAUCCUGAACUUCCACUUUAAUUCACCCAUAAUGCAUAGGGGCCAAAAAGGAUCAAAUGAGUUGUUUUGGUACACUGUUACAGUACAUUGACUUUCAGCUUGAGUGGCUUUUAGGUUUGACUUUUUUUUUUUCUGGCUCAAGUUUGUGUGUAGAGUUUGUGAGUAUAACAUGUGUCAUACAGACUCAGCAGAUGUUGUUAAUGACACAGUACAUCUUAAUAGGCACAAUAUGUCUUAAAGUUAGACUCUUGUUUCUAUGGUCAUUCCGAAUUACAGGAAAACGCAGAGGAGCGGUCCAGACAGUAAUUUCUAUAGUAGGGACACCAUAUAUUUAGGGGUUUAAAAUGUACAUUUUCUUUACUGUGUUAUACCGAGGUACAGAAGAUCAGAUUUGUUUCUGUGAAUUGAUCAGUUUACAAUUAUGUUGACGUCAGAGGUGGUUUUCAAAAUACAAACCAAUGUUUCGUUUUUUGUAAAAUUGGUACGUUGGCAAAAAAAAAAGCGUGGGUCAAUAUAACCUCUAGCAUUUCAAAAGGUACAUGUAUAUUUCUGCAGUAUAUUUUGAAACUGAUAUUUAAAGUCAAUUUAAAAUGUACCCAUAAAAGUCCUAUUUUCAUAAUCCUCCACUUUGCAAAUAUGUCUACUUUUACAAGCUCUAUUUUAGGGUUUGGGUUACUCUGUUUGCUGGUUGAUUUGUAUGUGAUUUGUAACUCUUUAUGACCAUGUCGAACGACAUUUUGCAGGUUGGUAGAAAAAAAACAAUGUUUUUUUUGUUUGGACUGAAGUUUGAUUUAACUUGCAUUAGAACAAAAAGGAGAGUUAUACCGUUUGCCUCAUGUGUAGACAUUGUUCCCAGUGUUCUAAGCAUCACACGCACUGGAUAUUAAUGUUCUUUCUUCAGUACUGCCUACUGUGAAGUUGUCGUUAGUAAAAAAAAAAACGACACAAUUCUGACAAACAAAAAAGUCACCUGUUUGGACUUGUGAGGAAAACCUCACAUCUGACAGGUUUGAGUACAUUUCCAGUUUAGUAGCAUUUUUAUUAUUUAUGCAGAAGUCAUUGUUUUAACUCCAGUGCUGCCUGAGGUGCUUUGCCCUUUGACACAAGUCAAAAGGUCACUCAGACCAACCGUCUGUUUCGACCUACAGAAGCAGACGUCAUUUUUUUCCUGGUCACACACAUUUUGUGUUGAGUAUUGUAUUUGAAAUUAAAUUGUGCUUUUUAACAUUUCAUUGUAUUUAUUAGCUGGUGUUGGCUCUAAAAGUGUCAGUACAACUUGGUGAGAAAGACAAUCAGAAAAAAAUAAAGACAGAUUUCCUUACAAAUUCA